UAAAUCACUGUUUGUUUGUUUACAAAAAACGAAAUACGCCGAAAAUGUCUGAAGAAACAAUUUCAAACCCAACAAUUAAAAUUGAGCCAAAGGAAUAUCCUCCAGUUAAACAAGAACUUGAUGAUUAUGACAUUACUUCAGAAACAUUUUUAGAAAAUGAGGUAAUAUAUUUACAUCAAUCAUUAUCAGAAAAAAUAAAACAAGAAACAAUUGAUGAUCAAGAUGAAAUAAGUUUCGACGAGGGAUCUUAUAUGGAAAACGAAGGAAUAUAUCAACAGCGAUUUUUAGAUUCUGAAGUCACUAUAGAUGAAGAAAUAAAGAAAGAAACGAUUGAUGAUCCAGAUGAAUCACAUUUUGAUGAGUAUUCUUAUACGGAAAACGAGGAAAUAUGUCUACAGCAAUUUUUAAAAUCUGAAGUAACAUUUGAGGAAGAAGUAAAGCAUGAACCGAUUGAUGAGCAUGUUGCAGACACUAGUAAGAACAAAACCAAUGUCAGAGAGUCAAGUGAUUUAGCGGAUAUUACAAGUGAAUGCAAUAAAUCAGUUAAAAAAGUUGUAGGAAAACUUAAAACUACCCUAAACUUGAAACAACCCUUGGAAUGUAAAACUUGCAAUAAAAAUUUCUCAACAAUUAUCACCUUACGUCAACAUAAAAUGAUUCAUACAGGAGAACAACCUUACAAAUGUGAAACAUGUAAUAAAGCAUUUACAACAAAUGAUUAUUUAAGUCAACAUAAAAAAUUUCAUGCGAGAGAACAUCCUUACAAAUGUGAAAUAUGUAAUAAAGCAUUUACAACAAAUGGUAAUUUAAAUCAACAUAAAAAGAUUCAUAUGGAAGAACGUCCUUACAAAUGUGAAACAUGUAAUAAAGCAUUUACAACAAAUUGGACUUUAAGUCAACAUAAAAAGGUUCAUACGGAAGAACGUGAUUACAAAUGUGAACUAUGUAAUAAAGCAUUUAAAACAAAUAGUAAUUUAAGACAACACAAAAAAUAUCAUACAAGAGAACGUCGUUACAAAUGUGAAACAUGUAAUAAAGCAUUUACAACAAAUUGGACUUUAAGUCAACAUAAAAAGGUUCAUACGGAAGAACGUCAUUACAAAUGUGAACUAUGUAAUAAAGCAUUUAAAACAAAUAGUAAUUUAAGACAACACAAAAAAUAUCAUACAAGAGAACGCCUAUACGAAUGUGAAAUAUGUAAUAAAGCAUUUAUAACAAAUGGUGAAUUAAUUCGACAUAAAAGGAUUCAUACAGAAGAACGUCCUUACAAAUGUGAAAUAUGUAAUAAAGCAUUUAUAAUAAAUGGUGCAUUAAUUCGACAUAAAAGGAUUCAUACAGGAGAACAUUUAAUUCAACAUAAAAGGAAUCAUACAGGAGAACGUCCUUACAAGUGCAAAAUAUGUAAUAAAGCAUUCAUAGCAAAAGAAAGGUUAAAGCGACAUUCAAUAAUUCAUACUGGAGAACGACCACAUAAAUGUAAAAUAUGCAAUAAAGCAUUCAAAUUAAAACAAGAUUUAAAACUACAUGAAUUUGUUCAUACUAAAGAAAGCAAUCAUAAAUGUGCAGUAUGUAAAAAAACAUUCGCAAAAAAACAAUAUUUAAGUCUGCAUGAAAUGAUCCACACUGGAAUCCGUCCUCAUAAGUGUGCUUUAUGCAAUAAAUCAUUCACAAGAAAAGAUAUAUUAAACCAACAUCUAAUGAUUCAUACAGGAGAACAACCAUAUAAAUGUAAGAUAUGCAAUAAAGCACUCAGUUUAAAACGAAAUUUAAAACGACAUGAAUUAAUCCACAUAAGAGAAAGCAAUCAUUGA